AUGGUGUCGAUAACCGAGAUCGAGGCUGAUACGGAGCCAGAUGUUCUCGAGAGCGAUGCUCAGCCCCCGAGGUACACAGUAACAGAGACCCCGACCGGAUACACAGAAGUCGAGUUACUGCGUGCCAAUCUGGCGACCGUCAGGAGACGUGCCAAGAUUUUCAUCAAUGAUUUGCAGCUGAUGCUUGCAACGAUUCGCUCUCGAGAGCGGGAGGCGACCAUGCGACGUGCCGAAAGGUUCCUCCAUCGCAGGCUAACCUACCAGCGAAACAACAUAUUUUUAACGUGGCGUACAUACGUGCGCCAGGAACGCGCGUACCAGGCACGUCGAACAUAUCUGCUGAGGAUGUGGGAGAUUUCGCAGCGUUAUCAAACAGCAAUCGUACUCCGCAGAGGAUUCGACGCAUGGAGAAGAAAUGCGUGGCAAAAUCAGCGGCUUCGGUUAGAAGCACGUCGUUUGGCAGAUUUUGAUGAGUUCUCGAGUAGGAUGCAAACUCGAUUGCAAACUAUACGCGAACUUGAGGAGCAGCUCGGAGAAAUAACGGCUCCUUCAAUUCCCGGCCGUAAUGAGGGUGCUCAAACACCGAGCAGCCAAUCGUCGGCGCAGCCGCUGGGGCUUGGAGAACCACUUGCUCCUUCAACCCCAAGCGGUAAUGAGCGCGCGCUGACUGCUGUCUCACCGGCGGUCCAAACGGUCUUGCCCCUCACCUUACCGUCAACGGUCUCGCCGGCGGAAUCUCAAACAUCGGCUAGUUCAACACCGACUUCUACACCGCCGGUUGCGAUUCGCGAAGACCUCGCGCGCGUUCAGGCGAUCCUGUCCGCAUUCAUCCUGUCCGCAUUCGUCCUUCUGUUAAUUUGGGUUUCGAUUUUUGGGGAUGAGCGCGCAAAGAUGCACACAGAAGUCGUAGAUGGCAUCGCCCUGGUCAUUACAAUGAUCGAAAAAAAUCGCCGCAGGCGUGUGAGUGAAGAAUGCACGGCGCUUCCUGCCGGUUCUUUUCGACUCAUAUUUGUUGGUGCUAUAGGCUUAGGCUUGUUCGCAGUUCUCAUACUGCUCCGCUGGAACAGGCGUGACCCGGAUGAGCAAGGCGGGGGCGGAGGCGGCGAUGACGACGACCAAUAUCACGGAAACGAUGACGAUGACGAUGCCGCGCUUCCUCCUCCCCCCAAGCCCCGCAAGGGCCAUCGGUCUGUCCACCAGAGGCGUGAUGAGCAGGGGAGGUUCUAUUGA